CGGGAUUCUCAGCAGGCGCUUUUUGCCAGAUUAUGGUGCACUUUUAUCAGAAGUUUGUGGCGCUUUUUUGCCUGCUUUACAUAGAAGGUUGUUUUCUACGCAGCAUGGCCAUAUCUAUCUCUCUCUGCUCGAAAGUUAAUUCAGAUUGCAGUUGCAAUGGUGGGAGCUCCAUGCCUUAGCAAAAGCCCAAGGUCGAUGGGGCGGCCUCAAAGCUGUGGGUGGCUGGACGCACAUAUAAACUUCAGAGAAAGCUUCUAGAGCUGAUUGAGUGGGGGAAAGCACUUGGGGCAGACAGCAUCUCUACUUUUGUGAUUGCAAUUUCUUAGACAUGUGCUCAGUCUGAAUUUAAGCAAUUGGGGGGGCCAGAAUGCUGAAUCAGAGCAUUUGAACACGACAAGUUGGAGCUCCUCAGAAGAGCCAGGAGAGAUGUUUAUGUGCGAGUCCUUAAAGUUCGCGCUGGUGUUGGCAACAAGUGUAGUUUUGUUGACCGCUCUUGGGGAGGCGAAUGGAACGAGCAGCGGCAUGGAAUUGCUUACUUGGAGGUGGCAGAGCCUAGCCAGUAUCCCUUGGGUGUCCGCUUGCCUGCCUUUCGAGUUGCUCAACUUGGCCUGGGCCCUCGCAGGACUGUUAUUGUGCACAUGUCCAAUUUGGUCCAAGUGGUAUGGGGCAAACCGCUUGAACAUCACAACCAUAUUUUAUGUGACGGGGUCAGCACUGGAAGCCCUUUACUUUCUGCACACCAAGGAUGCACUUCCUUAUGUUCUGACCCGAGCUUUGCUUCUCCCAAUGGCGGCCUCGUUGACUCUGCCAGCAUCUUACAGGCUUCGGCUCUUCACCCAUGUGUCAGGCCUUCUUCUCUGCAUCGCCGUUGCAUGCCUGCGCAGCGAUGCCGCCGCUGUGUCGGCUCUCCUGUGCACUGCUCUUGUUGUGGCCUACACAACCGGAGCACUUCUACCCGACCUCUCAGGCAGGAGCGGACGGUUGGAAAGGAUAGAAAAGCGGCAGAUGGUUGAAGAGGCAGAGGCGGCGCCAAUACUGGGGGGGGCAGAUGCGGGGGAAUCAGCAGAGGGGCGGAGAGAUGGGAAGCAUACGGAGGGGCUUUCCGAAGAUAAGAAGGCGGGGAUUGGCGGAGGUAGUACUGGGUAUGUGGAGAAGCACGUGAUUUUGGAGGGGUCCUCGUCUGAGGAUGCGGGCAUCUCUGGAAGACAGGGAAAGGACGAAGACUUAGGAAGAAAAGGAAUGAACGAAGACCCUGAGGAAGGGGAGGGGGACGAGGAAGACGACUUUGAGGAGCGGAUAAUGGAACUGGCGGCAGCCCCGAAAACCGCCCGCGACUCAUCCGAGACUAUCUUCACCGGCCGUCCAAAUGCCAGCGCGGCGCUCAUUGACACCGCCCCGGAUGCCGCAAUAGCCUCGCUUCUGCGGGACCGGGCUGCGGCAAAACGUCCGUCGGGCAGCGCCAGCGAGGGGGGGUCCGCUUCCAGCGGAGAGGCCCCCCCUGGGGCGGAGAGGCCAUGGUCCCGAACGCCAGGGAGUUUCGUCCUGACGAACGAGGAGCGUAUGGCGACCACGACGAGUCGGCUGAUCGCUCUUGCAGGCGCGGCGAGCGGGCGAGUUCCUCGUGGGGGAGUGCAGCAGCCGGAUCCGGGGACUGAGAGAGGCCCCCCAACUAGGGGUGGGGGCGUUCCAGUAGCAGCACCUUCGGCAAGCCCAAGGAUCUCUAUAACUGGGGCCUUGCCGCCUGCUGGGGGGACUGUGGGGAUGGGUCAGAUGCGGUCGGCGCUUGGCAAAACAGGGCCUUCGCCGGGAAGCGGAUCAGGUGUGGGGCGCGGAAGAGGUUCAGACAAACAACCUGAGGGUGGAAGCGGACUGAGCAAGCCUCCGGAGUCGAGGAAAGGCAAGGAGAAGCUGGUCGAAGAGGAGCCGGCAGAGGCCCCCCGGGGGCCUCGGGGCGCUGGAGGGGGUCUGCUCAUUCUGCCCGGGAUGUCGGAGCGCGAACGGGAGGCUUUGGCCGCCACGUAUGCCGCCGUCUCCGCCGCCCGCGCGGCGGAGACAAUGGGCGCCGCGCGACCAUGGGGGACCGGCGCGGGGUUACCGUCUACCGAGCUCGACUACCGGGGUCCGGGCGCGGGGAACUGGCAGUCUCCGGCGUGGACUGGUUUGGGGGAGGAGUGGCUCGGUUGGAUGCAGGACAUGUUUUUCAUGGGCCCGGGGUGGGACGGCGGCAUCUCGCGCGCGGACGACGAACGAGAGGCGGCGGCGAAAGCGAGGGCGGCGGAGGCGGGGGCGAAAAGUGUGUUGCCGGAGGGGGCCGGGAGUGAUGACGAAGACGAGAGCGACGAUGACGAGAGCUACGACUUUGCCAAGAUGGAGGAGAAGUACAAGGGCCUGCUCGGGAGCAUGCGGGGGUUCGGAGGCGGGGGCUUCGGGAGUAGCGGCAGCGGGGGCCGGGUUGACGUCAGCAAGGCAAACACUGACGUCAUUAGGGGGGACGUGGCCCGGGGGGGCUUGGGCAGCGGAGUAAGCUUUGCGGCAGCGGCGGCGGAGCCUUCGGAUGAUUCAGACGAGGGAGAAGAUGAGGACUCGGGUUCGGAGGACGACGAUUUUGAUGACCUCGUCGGCGCUUAUCCGGGUCCCCUUGACCCGCUUCGUAGCCCCGCGCCAAAUCCAUGGGCCAUCGAUUUCGGGCAGCAAAUAAGGUUGCUGGCAGCGAUUGCGCAGCAGAAGUCUGUUGAGCCGUCGCCAGACGCCGGCAAUCCGUUUUCCCUCGAUAUUAGCCGGCCCGGUCAAUCCCCUCCUCAAAACUUGAGUGCAAGCGCUGACGCAAUCACGAUCCCGCACUUUGUCCUCGAUGCGAGUUCGCCCGUCCUGAAAGUUGCAACAGCGGAAGGCGAGGGUUUUCUGGAGACAAAGCCGGAACCGGCAGGAACUGGUAACUGGUUCGAGACGACGCCCCCUGCCACUCCGCUCCCUUCUCCUUUCGGGACGGGCGGCCUUGGUCUGUUACCCGAAUACGCCCCCCGAUUCCCGGACGCCCAAUUCCCGGGCACCUCCGCGGACGUCCUGCGCGAGGAAUUAGAGGAGCGGAUGCUCAGCUCGGACCGCGUGGAAGACGUGGGCGCCUACCUGUCGACCUCGGAGCGGAUCACGCAGCUCCUCUCCGCCCCCGCUUUCACACUCGACGCGAGCGUGCCCGCGGGGCUGCCCGGCUUAUCGGCAAGUGGUCGGGACGCAGGCUUGGGCGCCCCCGCAUUCACACUCGACGCCAGCAUCUCAGCGGCCGCCCCCGCAUUCACACUCAACGCCAGCAUCCCAGCUGCCGCGCCCGCAUUCACACUCGACGCCAGCAUCCCGGCUGCUGCGCCCCCAUUCACCCUCGACGCGAGCAUUCCCGCAACCAGACCGCCGGGCAUUGUGCCAGGUGGUGUGAACGCGGGCUUUGGCGCUGCCGGGAUGCAGGACGUGCGGGCGGCUUCCGAGCGCAUCACCGAGCUCCUGGCCGCGCCAAGUUUCACUCUCGACGCCAGCGUUCCCGCCGUCCCCUUGGAAAGGGCUCAGCAAACGGGCGAGUUGAGAGGCACUAGGUUUGGAGAGGACGGCCUUCAGGGACCGAGCAGUAGUCGGGGCGGGGCAGAAAGCAGCGGCCUUCGGGGGGAGGUAGUUUCGAGAAUCAGCGGCACAGGCUACGGAGGGGGCAGUGUUGGUGUUCGAGCGGAGGGCCCGCCAACCGCUAGUUUGACAGUAAGCAGCGCCCUAGCCACGGAAUUGUACAAUACGCCUUCAAAGGGCCCCUCCCCGGACCGGAACGACCCGUCCAGUUUGCGAGACAGGAUGACGCUGCGCUCCGGCCGGUCGUACCCCUCCCCAGCGAAAGCUGCAGAGACUUCCUUUCUCAGUCCUGAUGUUUCCUCUUUCAGUCGAGAGCAAAAUGAACCGAGCAGUCGGUUUCGGCGGGACGGGGAAAAAGGCGCGGGCGCGUCGGCUGACGCACGGUUGACGACUAGCAGUCGCGGGGCUCUGGGGUUUAGUCUUGACGCAAGCAGAGGUCCGGAAGACGGACACGGACCGUCUGCUUUUGCUGCGCCCACGUUUACACUGGAUGCAAGCAGAUCCGCGGCGAGCCCGGUAAGCGCUGGUGUCUCUUUCGUUCCGCCGAUGUUCACCCUCGACGCAAGCCGACCCGCGAGGAGCACGGAUGUGCCAGAUGCUCCGCCUGCAUUUACUCUGAAUGCAAGCAAACCGGUUGCAGCGGCGCCGGGGGGUGUGGGGGCGACCUCAUUAACUCUAGACGCGAGCAAACCGGUCGCUGCUGCGCAGGGGGGUGUGGGAGAGGCGGCCGGGAAGAGCAGCCCCGAUGGGUAUGCUUGGACGCAGAUGUCGGAGCGGCUCGCGCGGCGGUCAAACGGAAGGGGCAUUAGCAAAGUGGACCAAGAGUGGCUUAAGGUUAUGGAGAGGGUUAAGGACAAACUGCCCCAGACGCAGAGCGGGUGGAAACCGGAAUUGCACAUUCCCUUCGCGGCGUUGGGAAAUUAGAAAGCUGUUUGGGAUUGUAGAUAAAGAGAGAGCCCGCUCGCUUGCUACGGCAGAGAGUUUCGCGGGCGUUCUAGAGUGUCUAGAUGUACAGGGUUGGGCCGUGACUAGCACAAGUUUUGAGCAGGUUUCGUGAGUGAAGCGAGGGUGAACUUCUCGUUUGUUCUGUGUUUGCUGCUAACGUCUUCCACAAGUUAGGAUCUGCUUUGCCACUGUCUAAGCGCAAAAACUGCAAACUUAUCGUUUAAGAAAAGAAGCUGGAUGUUGCCGUGAGGUUAGGUCAAUCACACAGGUAAUACUCUAGCAGAUACAACAGUGAGUCAAUUUACCAGGUAUGCGGAGGUCGGAUGCACGUGCGAAUGAGAUACUUCGAGGCGAAAUCCGAGCAACGGUG